AUGAAGAGAAGACCAGUUUAUGCAGAAGGGUUCGAUGCGUGGCUGACGGCCUUUCUAGGUUUUCAGCACAAGGUCUUCGUCAUCAUUGAGCGUUUCUCUCGCUCUCUCGCGGUUGGUCUACUGGUCUACUACCUUCCUUGGUCACACCUGACCUCCUCCGGGAACCCGUCCCUGCGUCUUGAUAUUACAGUUAAUAAUCCUGACCAUCUUGAUAGGUGUCUGACCCGACUUCCUCUUCCUACUCCUCCUCUUCCUCCUCCUCCUCCUUCUCUUCCUCCUCCCCUCCUCUCCUCUUUCUACUCCAUCUCUUACUCCUAUUCCACUUCUACCUUCUCCUCCUUUUCUUCCUCCUCCUCUCCACUUUCUACUCCACCUCUUCCUCCUCCUCCUCCCUCUUCCUCCUGUUCUCCUUCUCUCUCACUCUGCAGUGACCCGACUUCCUCUUCCUACUCCUCCUCUUCCUCCUCCUCCUCCUCCUCUACCUCCUCCUCUUCCUACUCCUCCUCUAUCUCCUCCUCCUCUUCCUCGCCUCUUCCUACUCCACCUCUUCCUCCUCCACCUCUACCUCCUCCUCCUCCCCCUCCUCCACCUCCUCCUCCUCUACCUCUUCCUCCUUUACCUCCUCCUCUUCCUACUCCUCCUCUAUUUCUAUUCCAUCCUCCUUCCUCCUCCACCGUUUCUAUUCCAUCUCUUCCUCCUCCACCUACCUAUCCUCCUCCUCAUCUUCCUCUACCUUUUCUCCUCCUCCUCCUCCUCCUCUUCUUCCUCCUCCUCCUCCUUCACAAACACCAUCCUCACUGUAGCAGCAGCAACGACAACAACAGCAGCAGUAGGAGCAGCAGAAACAGCAGCAACAACAGCAGCAUCAGUGGCAAGUGCAACAGCAGCAGCAGCAGUACCAGCAGCAGCAACCACAACUACAACAGCAGAAACAGCAGCAUCAGUAGCUAUAGCAGCAGGAACACCAGUAGCAGAGACAACAACAAAGAAACAGUAGCAAACAAUAAUAACACCACCACCAUCAGCAGCAACAACAACAUUAGCAGCAACAGCAGCAAUAGCAACAACAACGUCAACAACAUCAGCAGCUUAAGCAGCAUCAUCAAUACCAAAAUUAGCAGCAGGAGCAACAGACGCAGCAUAGCAACAACGUCAACAACAGCAGCAGCAGGUUUAGCAGCAACAUCAGAACCAGAAUCAUCAGCAACAACAGCAGCUAAAACAGCCACACAGCCGCAGAGCAGGUCUAUUGCUGCAUUCUUCUUCCUCCUCCUCCUCCCUCCUCCUCCUACCCCUCCUCCUCAUACUCCUCCUUCUUCCUUCUACUCUUCCUUCUCCUCCUCAUACUCCUCCUCCUUCCUCCUCCUCCUCCUCCUUCUCCUCAUCCUUUCUACCCACCCUCCUUCCUCGUCCUCCACCUCCUCCUCCUCCUCCUCCUCCUCUUCUUCCUCUUAUUCCUCUUCAUCCUUCCUCUCCCCCACCUCCUCUUCCUUCCUCCCUCUUCCUCCUCUUUACUCCUCCUACUUUUGCGGAAAUCUGAAACCCAUUCGAAGCUACCAGUCUAUGUUUUUCAAACUUGGUUACUUCGACAAGCUACCCCACAACUUGACAGAGUAA